UCAACAAAACCAUGUGACCACUAAGGAGGAAGUCCAGUAGGAGGGGAGGAUCAUGGGAGCGCUCUCUCCGUAUAACUUCUUGUUUUUAGUCAGUUUUUGAGGCUUAAACAUGACUCACACGGAGGCUGCUCUGUGUUUAAUCCUGCUCCUGUUUCUUCAUGUUGCUGCUCAGUUGAGGACUAAUGGAAUAAAGCAGCAGUGGCCGGUUCCCUACAGACGGUUUGAUCGUCGCCCUGCUGUGGACUCUUACUGUGAAGCUCUCUACCCGUUCUGUCCCACUGGAGACCAGCAUGGAGGGGUUCCCCACAUGAGUGACAGAGAUGUCAUCUCAGUCUAUCGAUUGCAAACACCUGUUUGGGAAUUCAGGUUUGGAGAUUUGUUGGGGAAACUUCAUAUCAUGCAUGAUGCCGUUGGGUUCAGCAGUUCAGAUACGGGGGCCAACUACACCAUGGAGUGGUAUGAGCUGUUUCAGCUGGGUAACUGCACCUUCCCUCACCUUAGACCUGAAGUGAACCCACCCUUCUGGUGCAACCAGGGAGCUGCCUGCAUCUUUGAAGGCAUCGAUGACUUACACUGGUCACAGAAUGGCACCUUGGAGAAAAUAGGAGAACUCACAGGGAACCAGUUCAAUGACAUGGCCAAGUGGGUCCAGGAUGACAACGAGACUGGGAUCUACUAUGAGACGUGGACAGUUCGCUCCGACCCCGGCCCUAACGCCACAGUGUGGUUCGACUCUUACGACUGCUCCCAGUUUGUCCACCGCACAUACAGGAAACUGACUGAGCUGGGAGCCAAACUAUCCAGCAGAUCACAAACCAACUACACCAAGAUCUACCUGUACAGCGGAGAGCCCACCUAUCUCGGCAACGACAGCGCCAUAUUCGGACAGCCUGCUCUGAAGAAUCUGGCAGUGGACAUCCGUAAAUUCUACCACACAUUCAGACCACACCAGUCGUUUAUAGACUUCGCCCUCAGUCUGUUGGAGGCUUAUAAAAAGGUUGUGUUGGACAAGAGCUUCUACCUCUACUACAACUUUGAGUACUGGCAUCUGCCAAUGAAGCCUCCGUAUGUGCACAUUACAUAUGAAGAGGUGCCUUUGCCUUAACAUAAAAAUGUACUGGUGUUUUCAUUAAGGCCUGAAAAUAAAUCUUAACGUUUAAGAUUUUGAAACCAGCGAAUGUUUGCCAUUUUUGCUUUAUUAUUAAAAUAGAUUGUCAAAAUAGUUGUUGGGUUUCAAAAUAUCCUUGAGGCGUGUUAAUGCGUUUCCUUCCUCAUAAAACAUUAGCAAAGCUAUUUUUUUUUAAUAUUUCAAAUUGUGCAUUGUUUACAUCCAUUUGUUAGCUUGCAGUCCUCUUCUUCCCCGCCUUAGUUGGUGCAUCGCUGCAUUUGAGCCUCAAAUUUUGAGCCAACAUGAACGACAACUCCCUUUGAAAGCUCAGAAAAACAUCAAAUUUCAACAUCUAGAAUUCCAUGACAACUGGGCAAACUCCAUCUACUGAUGAAAAUCAUACAAUAUGAUCAAAAGCUCCAGAACAGUUACAAAAUGGACCUUGUUGUGAGAUUAUUUUCAUUUAUUGAACAAAAUAGCGCAAAAUAAAAUGGUUUAACUGAUUAA